GAGCGGAGCUGCGGUGGAGGAGACUCCUUAUCGUCCCGGGACACGGCGGAGGAUUCCUGCUCUCUUUAGAUCUGUAUUAAUGCAUUAGAGUCCUACAGCCUCAUACACCACAACCAAACAUCUGGAACGACAUGAGAGAAUGCAUCUCCAUCCAUGUGGGCCAGGCAGGUGUUCAGACCGGAAACGCCUGCUGGGAGCUCUUCUGCCUGGAGCACGGUGUCGGUCCUGAUGGUGUGUUUCUGGAAAGUCCUUCUGAACCGAACUCUCGUGAGGACCCAUUCAACACUUUUUUUAACACUGGCAGCUCUGGACGUCAUGUUCCCAGAGCCAUAUAUGUUGACCUGGAGCCCACCGUGGUUGAUGAGGUGAGGGUUGGAACAUACAGAGAGCUCUUCCAUCCUGAGCAGCUGAUCUCUGGAAAGGAGGAUGCAGCCAACAACUAUGCCCGUGGACACUAUACAGUCGGGAAGGAAAUCAUUGACAGGGUCAUGGAGCGUAUUCGUAAAAUGACAGACCAGUGCACAGGCCUGCAGGGGUUCCUGGUCUUUCACAGCUUUGGAGGUGGAACAGGCUCUGGUUUCACCUCUCUGCUGAUGGAACGUCUGUCUCUGGACUUUGGUAAGAAGUCCAAGCUAGAGUUUGCAGUGUAUCCAGCUCCUCAGGUGUCCACUGCUGUGGUGGAGCCCUACAACGCCAUCCUGACCACCCACACCACCCUGGAGCACUCUGACUGUGCCUUCAUGGUCGAUAAUGAGGCCAUCUACGAUAUCUGUCGUCGUAACAUGGACAUCGAGAGUCCUGGUUACAUCAACCUCAACAGGCUGAUUGCUCAGAUUGUCUCCUCAAUCACCGCCUCUCUUCGUUUUGAUGGUGCCCUCAAUGUUGAUCUGACAGAGUUCCAGACCAACUUGGUGCCAUUUCCACGUAUCCACUUCCCUCUGGUUACGUACUCACCAAUCAUCUCUGCAGAGAAGGCUUACCACGAGCAGCUGACUGUGUCUGAGAUCACAAGUGCCUGCUUCGAGCCGACCAACCAGAUGGUAAAGUGUGAUCCUCGUCAUGGCAAAUACAUGGCGUGUUGCCUGUUGUACCGAGGUGACGUUGUACCUAAAGACGUCAAUGCUGCCAUUGCAAAUAUCAAGACUAGACGGUCCAUUCAGUUUGUCGACUGGUGCCCCACUGGCUUCAAGGUUGGCAUUAAUUACCAGCCUCCAACAGCAGUUCCCGGAGGAGAUCUGGCCAAAGUCCAGAGGUCUGUGUGUAUGCUAAGCAACACCACUGCUAUAGCAGAGGCCUGGGCUCGACUUGACCACAAGUUUGACCUUAUGUACGCGAAACGUGCCUUUGUCCACUGGUACGUGGGCGAAGGCAUGGAGGAGGGAGAGUUUGCAGAGGCCAGAGAAGACCUGGCCUGUCUUGAAAAGGAUUACGAGGAGUUGGGUCAAAUGACCCCCGACUUUGAUGACGAUGACGACGGCCAAGAAUAUUGAACGGCUACACAACUCUAUGUUGACUUCAUAAUUACACUGUGUAUCUACUAAAUUAGAGUUCACCAUUGAUUUUUACUGCCAUGUUUUCAUACACUUGAGUAAAAUAAAGAGAUAAAUACUCUCAGUCUCUGAGAUGAAUUAGAAUUGUGCUGUUCAGUAAAGUUUAUUUUUGGAUUGUUAUGUGUGAUGAUAAAACCGGUGUGUAAAUAUCAGGUUAAGCUGACAACAUAUCACCUAUGAUAUGAAUUUUACUGUAACUUCAUGUUUUUAUCCUGUGUGCAUCUCCUCUCUACUCUAUUGAAUAAAGGCAGCUAUGCCCAAAACUUACCUUAACGCAAACUGAUAAUUGCAGCCUAUUAAUAAAAAUCAACCAAAAUAUACA